UUGAUUUUCUUCUGAAGGAAAAGUUAAGAGAAGUUCUAAGUUCAGUAUGGGCUAUAUUUGUUGCUAUAUCAUUUACCAUGACUGGAGUAACAGACAACAAAUCGUCAAUUGCAUUAUUGCUAGCACUAUUGCUAACACUACUUCUAUGGUUGGUUCAAGUAGUGGUGUUUUCCGUUGUAUUGUGCCCACUAGCAGUUCUCUAUGUGCUUGGCAUAUAUAUCUCUACCGGUGUCUCGCUUUGGCGUCUGAUAGAGAAUUAUUAUGGCAAUGACAACGGAGGUGCAAACCUGAAGCCGGCACUGAACGUCUUGUACUCCUUAGCCGUGGCACAAGGUCUGCUCUUCGGUUACAUGGCCGUCUAUGGUUGUGGGUCGCGAAUCGUGCUACUAGCCAAAGUAGUCGCCAAAGACUAUUCACUUGACCUAAACAUAGUUUGUGACUACCUAGAUGAAACUGUAACGGGGUGCAAGAAGGACCUCUCAUUCGCCAAAGGAAGGAACCUCGUCACAUAUGCUCUGGACCUAAUGACGGAAUCAGAGUCAAAUGAAGGCUAUCUUUCUGGGUUAAGGAUUCUUGGCACAUGUACUACGUCAGACGAAGGGCAAGAGGUGCUGGUAAAACAGUUGCUGACUGGAUCGACAUACUUCAACCACAUGAUCCAGAGGCUACUUGAGACGCUGGGUCCCAGGAGCCCGUAUAGCAGAGAGAUUAGGGCGCAGGCCGCAAGGGUAGUGGCGCACGUCGCAGGCGCUAUCUAUUUGGAGCAGUUCCCGCGAGGGAUCCAAUGCAUCUCUUCCCUGCUCAACACGUUUGAGGAAUACAGUUGGCUACCCAUGUCAUACGAGCGACACCAUCGGCUGCCCAAGACAUAUGAGCCGGACUGGUUUCUAGAGAAAUAUGAGUGGUGCUACCUAAUCAGAACAUCUGGUCACGAGAGGCAAGAAAGUGUGCCAAUGGAAGGUGACAAUGACCGGUUCCAUGGCUAUCAAGAGUUGGUGGUGCAAGGCCUGCGUAUCCUUCAGAAGCUCACCGUCGACCAGGAGAACUGCAGAGUCAUGACCAACACCAAAGGUCUACUAUCAAAGAUCAUGGCACCUCUAAUCUCCAGCAAAAUCCACAGAGACCGUCAUGAUGAAUGGUGCAGCAUGGCUGAGGAGUCACUGGAACUCAUGAGCCGGCUCAUGGCUGAUCCUGGGGAGACCGGAACGACGAAGCUCCAACAUGAGAUCUCAAGCAACAGCAAAGCAAUUACUAGCACCCUGGAAGGUAUUCUCGGGUGUGACAACUGUGAACCCAAGCUGCAGGGACAAGUAGUGGAGAUGCUAUUAGAUCUGUCUGUGGAUACAUCUUCCAUUGUGGCCAGUGGAAGCAGCAGCACGAUAUUCAUUAGGACACUGCUAGACUUGUUUCUUUGGGGCAUGAGAAGAGUUUCAGUCAAACCACCGUCAAAAUCCUCACCUUUGUGGGAGGAAGUGCAGAGCAGACGGAUCUGUAGCUAUUACAAUGCUUCCCCAAUUCAUUGGCUGAAGAAGCGCAGUUACAUCCAAGAUUUGGCAGGUGAAAAGCUGCAGUCCAUGCUAUCUUCACAGAGUGAAACAAAUGCCACGAUUAUCUUACAAGCAGGUGGUGAUGUUGUUGGCUGUCUCACUAGAGCAACUGUAGAUGCCAAAAGCAAAACAAACAGAAUGAGGGCAGCAGAAAUCCUUGAGCGCCUAUGCAGUCAUUACACCAAGGAUGAUGAAUAUCUCAAGGAACUCAAGAAAUCCAUGACCGGCGUCAUGACAAAGGUGCUCAGAGAAAUACUUGCUAAGCCGACUGAAUCAGACAUACAAGAUGUAUCAGAAGCAAAUAACGCCAUGUAUUCGGCACCAGGUGCUGACUUAGAGAAAGAUCAUGCUGUAGAAGAUGAUGAUAAUGGCCAGAGAAACACCACUGCAUCUCAUCAGCAAAAUUGUGAUCAACUACAGGAAAUCAAACUGAAGGAAGCCUUGGUGUGCCUCUGUGAGACGGUGUGCAACAAAUUGAUCAGUGCAGAUACAGAUCUGGCUGGUCAGUUCGACGAGAUUGCUGCUCACAUCUAUUCAGAACAAAGGAAUCCUGACAAGACUUUUUCUUCACUCAUAAAAGAAGCACGGGAACUUCUGGACAAGAAGAAGGCACAAGAAUUAGCAAUUGUAUCAGCUACCUCUUCAAGGGAAAUUAGAUGGAAUUAAAUUGGGUGCCCAGAGAAAUAAUUUGGUUGUUGAUCAACACAAGCGGUAACAGAAGCAGACAACAUCCGGUUUUCGGCACAAGGUAUCCACAUUGAAAAAGGUGGUGUUUCACAAGAUAAUGGCCAGAAAAAAUACCUGUUC